AUGUAAAGUAAAUUUAUUAUUGUUAAGUAUUAGAUUACAGAUUGAUAACCAAGAAGGGAGAAGGCACUUUUUCAGAGGUUAUAAAAGCUUAAUCAGUAAAAACUAAUUAAUUGGUUGCAAUAAAAUGCAUGAAACAAGUUUUCCAAACUAUUGACUAAGUAUUGUAUUUUAAUUCUAAUAUUGGUUAACAAACUAAAAGAAAUUCAAGCUUUAAGAAAGUUAUAAAAUCAUGAA